AAUUAGUUUGACAAUCGUAUAAGUACGAGCAAUGGCAAGUGAGAAUUCAUAAUCAUCUACCUUUUGCUAACUAAAGCUUGAAAAUAGGUAGGUUUGGUGAGAGAUGUGGAGGCUUAAGAUAGCAGAUGGUGGGAAGGACCCUUACAUAUUCACCACAAAUAACUUUGUAGGAAGACAGACAUGGGAAUUUGACCCUGAUGCAGGUACUCAUGAAGAACGAGCAAUGGUUGAAGAAGCUCGUCACAAUUUCUAUAUCAACCGAUUUAAGGUUAAGCCAUGUGGCGACCUCCUUUGGCGCUUUCAGAUUUUGAGAGAAAAUAAGUUCAAACAAAGAAUAUGUGGUGUGAAAAUAGAAGAUGGCGAGGACAUAACAUAUGAGAAACUAACAACGACGGUGAGAAGGGGCGCGCAUCACCUAGCGGCAUUGCAGACUAGCGAUGGCCAUUGGCCUGCUCAAAAUGCAGGUCCAAUGUUUUUCCUUCCUCCCUUGGUUUUCUGUAUGUACAUUACAGGACAUCUUGAUUCUAUAUUCUCAAAAGAGCAUCGUAAGGAGAUUCUUCGUUAUAUAUAUUGCCAUCAGAAUGAAGAUGGAGGGUUCGGAUUACACAUAGAGGGUCAUAGUACCAUGUUUUGUACCACACUCAAUUAUAUAUGUAUGCGAAUUCUUGGAGAAGGGCCUAAUGGAGGUCAAGACAAUGCUUGUGCAAGAGCAAGAAAGUGGAUUCAUGAUCAUGGUGGUGUGACACAGAUACCUUCAUGGGGAAAAACUUGGCUUUCGAUACUUGGUGUAUUUGAUUGGAGUGGAACCAACCCAUGCAUCCAGGUUGAAUUAGUUAUAUAUGUGCACGCGUCUAAAAUGUGGUGUUACUGUCGAUUGGUAUACAUGCCUAUGUCUUACUUGUAUGGAAAGAGAUUUGUGGGUUCAAUCACACCGCUCAUCUUACAGUUGAGAGAAGAACUCUAUACUGAACCUUAUGCAAAAGUUAAUUGGAAAAAAGCACGUCACCAGUGUGCGAAGGAAGACCUUUACUAUCCUCAUCCAUUUGUACAAGAUCUUAUGUGGGAUAGUUUAUACAUAUUCAUUGAACCAAUUCUAACUCGUUGGCCUUUCAACAAGUUGAUUAGAGAAAAAGCCCUUCAAGUAACAAUGAAGCAUAUCCACUAUGAAGAUGAGAAUAGUCGAUACAUAACCAUUGGAUGCGUGGAAAAGGUGUUGUGUAUGCUUUCUUGUUGGGUGGAAGAUCCAAAUGGAGAUGCUUUCAAGAAGCAUCUCGCAAGGGUGCCCGAUUACUUAUGGGUUUCAGAAGACGGAAUGACCAUGCAGAGUUUUGGUAGCCAAAAAUGGGAUGUUGGUUUUGCCAUUCAAACUUUGCUUGCGUCUAACUUAAUCGAGGAAAUUGGUCCUGCACUUGCAAAAGCACAUGAUUUCAUCAAGAAAUCUCAGGUUCGAGACAACCCUUCAGGAGAUUUUAAGAGUAUGCAUCGUCAUAUUUCUAAAGGCUCAUGGACCUUCUCCGAUCAAGACCAUGGAUGGCAGGUUUCUGAUUGUACUGCAGAAGGUUUGAAGUGUUGCCUACUUUUAUCAGUGUUGCCUCCAAAGAUUGUAGGGGAAAAGAUGGAACCAGAAAGGUUAUAUGAUUCAGUUAAUAUCCUAUUGUCUCUUCAGAGUAAAAAUGGCGGUUUAGCAGCAUGGGAGCCAGCAGGAGCUCCAGAAUGGUUAGAAUUACUCAAUCCUGCAGAGUUUAUUGCUGAUAUCGUGGUCGAGCAUGAAUAUGUUGAUUGCACUGGAUCGGCAAUUCAAGCUUUAGUUUUGUUCAAGAAAUUAUAUCCAGAGCAUAGGAAGAAAGAGAUAGACGAUUUUAUUGCCAAUGCAGUUCAAUACCUAGAAGAUAAACAAACAUCUGAUGGUUCAUGGUAUGGAGCUUGGGGUAUUUGCUUCAUUUAUGGUUCUUGGUUGGCACUUGGUGGUUUAGCAGCUGCUGGAAAGACUUAUACCAAUUGUGCUGCUAUUCGCAAAGCAGUUAAAUUUCUUCUCACAACGCAAGGAGAAAAUGGCGGGUGGGGGGAAAGCUAUCUGUCAAGCCCUAAUAAGAUAUACAUACCUCUUGAAGGAAGUAGAUCAAAUCUUGUACAGACUGCAUGGGCUCUUCUGGGUUUAAUUCAUGCUGGCCAGGCAGAAAUAAAUCCUGCUCCUCUUCACCGUGCUGCAAAAUUGCUCAUCAAUUCUCAGUUGGAAGAGGGUGAUUGGCCACAACAGGAAAUCACAGGAUCAAUCGUGAAAAAUUGUAUGUUGCAUUAUCCAAUGUAUAGAAAUAUUUUUCCACUAUGGGCUCUUGUUGAGUAUCGUAAAAGAGUUACCUUGCCAUAACUUGAAAUUUUAUGAGCACGCAAAGGAAACAUAAAACCAAACAAGUUGUGAAAUCAAGCAAAUUUCCUACAUAUAUUAAGAGCUCUUGUUUCAUGUUGGCUAAUGUAUGUAUAAGUUUGUCCAUGUUUUGAUUUCAAUAAAGGGUUAUUGUUGUAUGUCAUGUAAUCAUAUUUGCCAAGGUUAUUGCCUCAUUUGGUAUUGCACCGUUUGGGUGAUUUGGAAGGUUAGGAACGAAAAGAUAUUAAAAAAUAUUACCAAGGUUACUAUGUAAAUUGUUGAUAGGAUUAAGAAGUUGUCUUGGAAGUGGAGCCUUGAAAACUUGUUUCCGUGUCUUUUUUACGAAUGGUGUUGGGAUCUGGGAGACAGAUAAUGCCGCGUUUGGGUUUGAGGCAUUUCUGUGGUGCAGUUGCUAUCUGUGCAAUGGCUGUAGUGUGCGUUUCUGGUUGUCUGGGAUGUGUUGCGGGUUCUG